AUGUGGUUUUUCAGGAGAAGGCUUCCUAAAAUUCCCAGAGCCCUCAUUUGGCUUAUUGUUUUAACACACUUUUGCAUCUUCAUUGCUAAUUUCAGCUCCUUGUUUGGCUUGUUGAAGACAAGAAUUCUUGGGCAACUGAACACUUUCCAACAUGCCCCAGAUUUGCUACGAGUGAACACCCAAGAGCAACAGGGUUUAAACUAUUCUGAUAACGGGAACUCAAGGAGCUUUUUCAAGGUGACUUUGGGGAGUGACAUCACAAGGCUUGAACAAGCUAUGGUUGAGAGGACACCAAGAUGGGAAGGAAAGGAGGAGCAGAAGAAAAUGAUGAAACCGGUUGCGAGGGUGGAGGAAGCCAAAGAGAAUCUGACUGUGAAACUAUCCCCACGGUUGGAGAGAAUCAAGAAGACAACAGUGAAAACAGUCGCUAGGGUACAGGGGAAUAAGGAGAAAACAACAACGAGACCAGCCCCAGAGGGGAAAGAAGCCAAGGAAAAGAGAGUAGUGACACCACUUUCCAGGGUGGAGGGAGCCAAGGAGAAGGCAGCAGUGAAACCAUCCUCUGGGGUGAAGGGAGCUCCUGAAAACAACAUAUCCAAAGACCAAACAAAGCCAAAAUUGCCUCCUGCAUCAGUGAAAACUGUAAAACCUGUUCCAAAGGCUGCUGCAAUGACAGAAAAGAAGAAACUGAGGGCUGCUGACUUCAAGUCUGAGCCGCGGUGGGAUUUUGAGGACAAGUACCUGCUGGACAAGUCAUCUCCACCAUCGACCUGCUCUGAAUCAGUGAAAGCCAAAGCUGCCAAGUCUGACUGGCUGCGAGAUCUUUUCCUGCCCAACAUCAUGCUCUUCACAGACAAGAGAUACUUCAAUGAUAGCGAGUGGAACCGCCUGGAACAUUUUGCACCUCCGUAUGGCUUCAUGGAGCUGAAUCGUUCACUGGUGGAGGAGGUCAUGUCCCUGCUGCCCCCGAAUCCUCACCAGCAGCUGCUCUUGGCCAACAGCAACAGCAGCACGCCGACAUGCGUCAGCUGUGCUGUUGUGGGGAAUGGAGGAAUAUUGAAUAACUCUGGGAUGGGCCAGGAGAUUGACUCCCAUGACUACGUCUUCCGGGUGAGCGGAGCUGUAAUCAAAGGUUAUGAAAAAGAUGUGGGAACAAAAACCUCCUUUUAUGGAUUCACAGCCUACUCCCUAGUGUCCUCUCUCCAGAUCUUGGGGCACAGAGGGUUCAGCAACAUCCCACGGGGAAAACAUGUCAGGUACAUUCACUUCCUGGAGGGAGCUAGAGACUAUGAGUGGAUGGAGGCUCUUCUGCUGAACAAGAACAUCAGCAAAGGAUUCUUGAGCGACUACGGGCAUAGGCCCCGGGAGAGAUUUGAUCAAGAUUUCACAAUGGAGAAAUACCUGGUGGUUCACCCUGAUUUCCUCAGAUACAUGAAAAACAGGUUUUUAAAAUCUAAAACUCUGGAAAAGCCCUACUGGCGGCUGUACAGACCCACAACAGGGGCCUUCCUGCUGCUGACAGCCCUCCACCUCUGUGACCGGGUGAGCGCCUAUGGCUACAUCACGGAGGGUCAUGAGAAGUACUCAGAUCACUACUAUGACAAGGACUGGAAACGUCUGAUUUUCUACACUAACCAUGACUUCGACCUGGAGAAGCAGGUGUGGAAAAAGCUUCAUGAUGAGAACAUCAUGAAGCUUUACCAGAGAUCCUGA